UAUCACCUUCUUCUUUCUCAUUGGAGGAGUACUUAUCGGCACUAUUCAUUUUACUCCCUAUAAGAAGUCAUACUUAGAGGAUUGUCUCAGUUCCGUGACCAGUCCAUUUAUUUGAUCUCUUUGCCUAGCAUCGCCAAAUAUCCAGUGCCAUGGCCAACUCCAAACCAACCUCGGGAGACUUUACAAAAACCCCAACCUGGCUCGACUGGUACGAAGGACCAACCACCCCAGCAUUCAAACUCCCCCCCGGAGCCGUCGACUCCCACUGUCACGUCUUCGGUCCGGGCUCGGAAUUCCCAUACGCCCCUGAGCGCAAAUACACGCCGUGCGACGCAUCAAAAGCUCAGCUCUUUGCGGUCCGCGACCACCUCGGUUUUUCCCGCAACAUCGUCGUGCAAGCAACCUGUCACGGCGCCGACAACAGCGCGCUCAUCGAUGCCUGUUCCUCCAGCGGCGGGCGCGCCAGAGGAAUCGCUACCGUGAAGCGCAGUGUCUCCGAUGCCGAGCUAGCCCAGCUCCAUGAGGCCGGUGUGCGCGGCGUACGAUUUAACUUCGUCAAGCGGCUGGUGGAUUUUACGCCCAAAGACGAGUUGAUGGAGAUUGCAACGCGAAUUGAGCGGCUUGGCUGGCACGUCGUCAUUUACUUUGAAGCACAGGAUCUGCCCGAGCUAUGGGACUUCUUUACCGCGCUGCCGACUACCAUUGUAGUGGACCAUAUGGGACGGCCUGAUGUCUCAAAGCCAAUUGAUGGGCCUGAGUUCUCACUGUUUUGCCGAUUCAUGCGCGAGCAUCCCAAUGUGUGGACGAAGGUUUCCUGUCCAGAACGGCUAACUGUUAAUGGGCCGCCAGCGCUAGAUGGCGAACGUAGUGCGUACAGAGAUGUGGUGCCAUUUGCACGCGCUCUGGUAGAAGAGUUUCCAGAUAGGGUUUUAUGGGGAACGGACUUCCCACAUCCUAACCUCAAGAGCCACAUGCCGGAUGAUGGCUUAUUAGUAGACUUUAUACCAUGGGUUGCUGUGACUCCUGAAUCAAGGCAGAAGUUAUUGGUUGAUAACCCAAUGAGAUUGUAUUGGCCAGAAGAGAUUUGAAAAGAGGAAUAUAGCGCGGAUCUGAAGGACAACUACGGGUGGCGCAGCUCAGAACUUCACGUCCAGUUCGGAGUAGGUUUCUAGCAAAGCCCUCACCUGCAGGACUUCGUCUGCAGCUGUGGCACGUUAUACAGUAUAACAGUCCAUAACACUCUGUUGCCUAGGCCCCUCGCCAAUCGAAAGGAUACAUAAGUGAUAAGGGCUGCAUAGAAGGUUACGGGGGGGGUAGCAGCCUCCAGAGGGGCAAACGUUCCUCAUCGUGAUUUCAGAGAACAGCCUUGUUCAAGAUUACUAGUAGCUUACCAC